AUGGCAGAGAAUAAGUUUCUUCUCUUUGCAGAUCAGACAUGCGGCCCUGCCCACUCGUUGAAGAGGCUCAUAGGAGAUCCAAGCUUGACAGGUUUGCUGCAUCCUUUUUUCGAUGCAGUGAAUUCUGCCCUUAGAGAUGAAGCUCGGUCCCUAACCGCUGAGGAUCUGAAGGCUUUUGGGUCUGCCUUUUCGGUUGUGGAUAUGGCAGUAGGGGAUAGCUUGAUGGAUGGAUACCAGCCAGGUAGUGUAGCGUUGUCGACAGUCCAGCACUGUAUUUGCCAGAUUGCUUCUCUGGUAAUCAAAAGUGCAAGCAACCCGGAGAAUCUCGGCUUCAAUGGCUCUGUUAAUAUCCUAGGUCUUUGUACUGGCUUCUUGGCAGCUCUUGUUGCUGGGUACUCUACGGAUCAACAGCAAGUUAUCAAAAUUGGAAGUCAAUUAGUACGUGUGGCCUUGCGAUUAGGUUUAGAAGUUCACCGAAGGUCCCGGUCAAUCGAAAACAGCAGCGGAUCUUGGUCGACUGUGAUUCGAGGAGCGUCAAUUCAGCAAACACAGCGGAUGAUUGACGAAUUCAAUGCUAGCAGGGCACUUCCUGUCUCUCGUCAAAUGUACAUCAGUUCAUGGGCUUUUGAGUGUAUUACCGUCAGCGGCCCCCCAUCUACCUUGAGCGACCUUUUCAGGAAUGUUGAAGCAUUCCAGGAGGCCAAUCACUCUGCGCUUCCUAUUUAUGGAGCUUUUCAUGCUCCACACCUCCCGCCUUGUGAUAUUGGUUGGAUUACGGAGCCAUUCAGGGGCUUUAAUAAAACAUUCCGCGAUAAUGUCACCAUCAUCUCUGCGUGUUCCGGUGAAGCAUACAACCACAAAACAUUUGAUACGUUGCUAAGAGAGGGUCUUAAUGAUAUCCUUCACAACAAAGUCUAUCCACAGAUCGCUUUGGAUGCAGUGGCAAACCGAGUCAAAGAGACCCCGGUUAGGGUUGCGGUGCUUGGCCCGACUGGUGGCACAACAAAAAUUUGUCAAUACUUGAAUUCAUCUUACGGUUGGGAUAUCAGCAGCAAACUUGAAUGUCCAGCUCAAGGUCAAAUAAAAAGAGAGUCAGGAGAGAAAAUAGCAGUGGUGGGAAUGGGAGGGCGAUUUCCGGGAUCCUCUGAUUUAGACGGGUUUUGGAGGACUUUAGAGGAAGGGAUGGAAUUUCACCAGCAGAUACCAUCAGACAGAUUCGACACCUGUCACUUCAACCCCUACAAAACGACGGAUGAGAAGGGACUACCGGCUCCAUACGCUUGCCUCAUUGAUGACCUCGGCUCCUUCGAUACGAGCCUAUUCCGCAUGUCAGCACGGGAAGCAAAGAAUACAGACCCCAUGCAGCGUCAGUUAAUGACUGUGACCUAUGAAGCACUCCAGCAAGCUGGUUAUGGAUCAGAGUACGCUGGCAAGAUCGGGACUUUCGUGGGUCAGACUACUGAUGACUGGAGGGAAUUCAAUACUGGGGAGGAUCCAGAUAUUUACUAUGUUUCCGGAACUAUCCGAGCAUUUGGACCAGGACGCCUGAACUAUUUCUUCAAGUGGGAUGGGCCAUCCUACAGCAUUGAUACUGCUUGCUCGUCUAGUUUUGCCUCUAUCCAGGUAGCUUACCACUCGCUGUUACAAAAUGAUUGUGAUAUGGCUAUAGCUGGAGGUGGAAACGUACUUACGGGUCCAAAUAUGUUCCGAGGUCUGAUGAAAGGAGGAUUCCUUUCAUCAACUGGAGGCUGCAAGACAUUUGAUAGCGAUGCAGAUGGGUAUUGCCGAGGUGAGGCAGUAGGCGUUGUUGUCUUAAAACGCCUCAGGGAUGCCAUCGCUGAUAACGAUAACAUCUACGGUGUCAUUGAAGGAAUAUCCACAAACCACUCCGCUCACGCAAUAUCCAUCACACACCCACACCAAGAAACCCAGGAGAGUCUCCACAGGCACACAUUCUAUGAAGCGGGAAUUUCGCCAAGCAUGGUGGACUACGUCGAGUUACACGGCACAGGCACUCAAGCUGGAGAUAAAAUUGAAGUCUCAGCGGUCGCAAAUGCGCUUGGUGGACGUCGCGGUAAUGAACCUAUAUAUAUUGGAUCCAUCAAGGCUAAUAUGGGCCACAGUGAGGCGGCUGCAGGCAUCACAUCACUUAUCAAGGCGUUGAUGAUGUUCAGAAAAAAUAAGAUACCACCUCAUGUUGGAGUCAAAACCCAGAUGAAAGAAGAGAUUGCAAGUGUCACCAGCGCGAACAACCUUUGCGUACCAGUCUCAAAUAUACCAUUCCAUGCUCGCUCAGCGGAUGGAUGCCGGAGAAUACUCGUCAACAAUUUCAAUGCAACGGGAGGAAAUACAAGCCUAAUUAUAGCUGACUACCGGAAACAACCACACACUAAACUCAAUGACCACGCAGGACAUUAUGUUGUUGCUAUUUCUGCAAAGUCUCAACGCAGCCUGGAAGAAAAUCGAGCCCGCUUGCUGCAAUACGUGGAAAGCAACAAAUCAAGCGUUAAAUUGGGUGAUCUGGCCUAUACAUCAACUGCACGAAGGCUUCAUUCUGAGCUCCGUACAUCAUAUAUAGCAAAGACUAUCGACGACCUCCUCCACGAACUCCAAAAGGCACCCAACCUUGCAUUCAGUCCGGCAAACAGAAAUAAAACUCUUCAUGUUGCGUUUACCUUUAUCGGGCAGGGUUGUGGACACCGUGGAUUGGCCUAUCAGCCCUUCUUGACAAGCACUCGAUUCCGCCAGAUACUAGGAAAGUAUGACGCAAUAAACAUCGGGCUUGGAUUUCCAUCAUUCUUGGAUUACCUGCUCAGUGGUGAUGACAGAAGGACGGUGUCACCAGUGGUCGAACAGAUUGCAUUGGUUGCAUUGGAAGUUGCAGUUGCAGAGCUGUGGCAGGGCUGGGGUGUGCAACCAAGACUUGUUAUAGGACACAGUCUGGGAGAGUACGCUGCACUUUGUGUCGCUGGGGCAUUGUCAAUUAGCGACACUAUAUUCCUUGUGGGCAAAAGAGCAUGUCUUAUGGAAGAGCUUUGUCGCGCUGGGUCCCAUGGCAUGCUCGCAGUAAACCUUGAUCGCGCUUCCGCACUAGCUCACUGCGCAUCCUCCUCAUGUGAACUCUCAUGCAUCAACUCUCCAACUUCCACUGUGUUAAGCGGGCCGCAUGAGGAAUUGAUGCAUUUGCAAAGAAAACUUUCUGAUGAAGGUGUCCGGAAUAAGCUGCUCGAUGUUCCGUAUGCAUUCCAUUCGGAGCAAAUCAGUCCAAUUCUCGAUAAAUUCCGCGAAGUGGUGAACUCUGUGCCAUUUAAAACACCGACAUUACAUAUUUUGUCUCCGCUCCUACAAACUGUUUUGAGUUCCGGCUCUGACAUCCAACCAGAAUACCUCAUAAGACAUGCCAGAGAGCCCGUCGACUUUGUGGCAGCCCUUGAAAGUGGGCAGGCUCUUUACAAUGGUGACGUGACAUGGCUUGAAUGUGGACCUGGGCCUGGGUGCUUGGCAUUCAUAAGCAGAAUGUACACUACCUCUCCUUCCAAAUUGCUCUCCAGCUUAAAAGAGGGAGCAGACUGCACUCGAACUAUAGCAUCGUCAAUGUCUAUGUUGUAUAAUGAAGGCCAUAAUAUUCUGUGGUCCCAGUUCUACCGGGAACACGAGUCAGAAUAUAGUCUAAUAGAGCUUCCUACUUACGCAUUCGAUAUGCAGAACUAUUGGAUUGAUGGUGUCUGUCAACGUAAGGAGCAAGCUCCUCUUAACAACACGAUCAUCACCAGUGAGCCACAUAGUACGAGUGUACAACAUCUAAAGACCAGGUCAUUUUUGGAGGGCAAUGAAAUGGUCACCUUCACCACUAACCCAAGAGAGCGACAGCUCUUCGAAGCAAUCAAGGGCCACUCUGUCAUAGGUUUCAACUUGUGUCCAAGCUCAGUUUAUGUGGACAUAGCUGUCACUUCAGCCACCUAUCUAAAGAACAAUGGCAGCACCAUACUUCCAAGCUCAGCCAUUGAGGUUACCAAAUUUGACAUCUCACGGCCUCUUGUUGUCUCAGAAGAAGGGUCAGAUAUUCAAAUUAGCAUCAUGGCCAAAUCAAACCAAGAGUCUGACACUGCAAGCGUAUCAAUCAGCUCGCAACAGGACUCUGGACAGACUGAACACGCCCAGUGUAAUGUUACCUUCUGCCGCGUUGACGACUGGGCUUCAGAGUGGGCUCGAUAUGCUGAUUUUGUGUCGCUACGAAUCCAGCAACUGACAAGCAUGGAUCCAAUGGGCGAUGUUUGCAGAAUCUCUGGAAAAGCUCUAUACCGACUAUUUGCCGCUAUUGUGGAUUACGCUCCUCAUUAUCAUGCUAUCUCAGAGAUGUUCAUUGACUGUGAUCAGGCUGAAGCAUGUGGAACUAUCGCUCUGCCUGCGUCUAGUGAGCAUGGAACUUUCACUUGCUCCCCAUAUUCCAUUGAUUCUAUAAUCCAUUUCGCUGGUUUUAUUCUCAACAAUAGCAUGUGCAAAACAAGAGACCAAAUUUACGUGUCAAACGGGUGGAAGUCCCUGCGAGUUCUACCAAGUCGCCUCGAGAAGAAGGAGUAUCAAGUUUAUUCACGGAUGUGUGAGUCGGGAAAAAAAGGACAGUGGGUCGGCGACGUUUACCUCCUCGACGGUAGAAAUGUUGUAGCUACCUGUUUCGGGCUGUCCUUCCAAGGUAUCCGACCCAAUAUCCUGCAGUCUCUCCUAGAGAAGACCGCAAGUACGGAUCAAAUGCUCUCCCGACAAAAUGUGGUCCAGUCUAGGACCUUGGAGAUCGUGAAGCCAUUACCGAGAAGGAUAGAAGAGACUUCAGCUCUGAGCCAGAACACUUCGACCAUCGCCAAGGUUAUUGCACGGGAGCUCCAGAUAGAUGUCGAUCAGCUGCCACUGACAACAGCAUUUGAGCAACUAGGUCUUGACUCCAUUCUCUCCGUCUCCAUCGCCAAUAGCGUGAAACAGGAGACUGGUCUGGCUGUGCCAAGCACACUUUUUAGUCGAGACUCAACGCUAAGUCAGCUUCUAGACUACAUAAAAGACACAUAUGGUGUCAAAGAGCAGUGCAGAGAAACUAGCAUUCCGGAGACACCCGCAUCCGGCACUAGCAUUGAGGGAGGAAAGAAUCAUUUUGAAACUUUACUGAGCAUUGUGGCCUCGGAAACAAGCAUUGAAAUAGAGAAACUGGAUGAUGACGUUUGUUUCCAAGAUCUAGGUGUUGAUUCAUUAAUGUCAAUGGCUAUUAUCAGUGCGUUCCGAGACACAACAGGAAUGUCUCUCCCAACGACCAUCUUCUCUGAGUUUGAGACCAUUCAGUCAAUCAGAGAAUUCCUCAUUGGCAGCUCUCAGAUGACGCCAGUUUCCAAUGCUAUGUCUACCGAUUCGCAUGAUGACCAGCCAACCUACCAAGGGUUCGGCCGUCUUCUUCAAGGUGAUCCCUCAUCCAGUCUCCCACCUAUCUUCCUCGUAGCACCUGGAUCAGGAUACCCAGGAUCCUACAUGAACCUCCCACCAUUCAAGAACAAACAGCCUGUUUACACCUUGGAGUCCCCAUUCCUCCAGGGCAUCCCUGCCGGCGGGUGGACCAUCGAGUACGCUGCAACUCUAUACAUAACCGAAAUCCAGCGAAUCAAGCCUAUCGGACCAUACAUUCUUGGUGGAUGGUCAAUUGGAGGCAUGUAUUCGUACGAGAUUGCCCGCCAAUUUUCCUCGAAGGGACAAGAAGUUAUUGCAAUUGUUCUCAUUGAUAGCCCUUGCCCAAAGGGCUUCCCUGUCAGUAUGCCUGACCCUACAAUCGAAGCAUUGGAGGUCACAGGCCUUUAUGCACCGAUCAAGCGUCAUGGUGGACAGCCCGAUGUUGACAUGCCCAUGAAUCUCAAGGAGCAUACUGUCUACUCACUCAAAGCUCUUCGGCACUACGCGCCUCCUCCAUUGGAUCCCAGUCGGCGACCGCGCCAUAUUUUACAGAUCUGGGCUAGUAAGGGCGAGUACGAUCUACUGCCCCUCCGGCUUACGGAGGUAGUUGCAAAAAUAUCUGGGUGUUCAAAGGGCCCAGAUGUCUACCACAACUGGCAGACUAUGCCCCGAACCUCAUUUGGACCAUGUGGUUGGGAUUUGCUUGUUGGUGAUAUUGAAUGUUUAGUACUGGAAGGCGACCAUGAGUCCAUUAUGAGCCCACCAGCGAUUUCAAAAACUGGACAGUUAAUACAGAAUGCUAUUGAUCGAGCUCUCAGGAUUCAUGGGUGA